UGUACAUCUAGGCCGCCAAUCCGGAAGAUGGCCAAGGCAGUCUUGAUAGAUCUGUGGCACUUAGGAACAAAGGCUUGGAACGACGGGGUCCAGGAAUUGAUUACUGGUGUAUUAGAAACCACAGUGAAGGAAGACUCCUCCCAGAGCCCGUUUGUGUAUCUCACGUGCCUCCGGACCCACAGCUACGAAAGGAAUGGCGAAGAUCUGCUUCAGAAAGCCUUAAAACGUUUCCAUUGCCCCGAGAAAGGGCUGGAGGUGGUGAGUGCUGAAAGUUUUGGUGCUGCUUUAUACACCAUUAAGCAGAAGCUGGACGAAAAGGAUGUGGAGGCCAUUACCAUUGUGCUGUCGUCGCAAAGAAAAUCCUUAAUGAGAAAGUAUAUUGACCAGCUGUUUACUAGCCUUUACCAAUUUGAGUUUAUAGAUCUACGGAUGAAAUCUGAAGAAGGACUCUUGAAGAAAUCCUUAGGGCCACAGAGUGAAGUAGGACCUCUCGUAGAUCCUGAUGCGGAAAGGAUCCAGGAGGAAAUAAAGCAGUUUUUGGAAAGUCUUCCCAGUCUGAAAGGGAACCCCACUAUCCUCAAAUCUUUACUGAUCCCAGAUCACAUUUUCCUGCAUGGAUUCAUGACAAGAACAGGAGGCAUCUCGUAUAUACCAACGCUGAGUUCUUUUAAUCUCUUUAGUAGUUCUAAGCGGCGGGACCCACCAGCUGUGGUUAAGGAAAACCUUCGAAGGUUGUCCAGCGCGGUUGGAUUCAACCAAGAUAUGUUUCACAGGAUAAAGGUCAACCAUGCCAAUGACGUUUGGGUGAUGGGAAAGCCCCAACCAGAUAGCUAUGAUGGAAUCGUAACCAAUCAAAGAGGAACGACCAUUGCGGCUCCUGGAGCAGACUGCAUUCCUGUGCUAUUUGCGGACCCGGUCAAAAAAGUGUGCGGGGCUGCUCAUUCAGGUUGGCAAGGCACAUUACUAGGGGUUUCUAUGGCUGUAGUAAACGCUAUGGUAACAGAAUACGGUUGUGACGUGAAAGAUAUCCUCAUAGUUCUUGGACCAUCUGUUGGGCCCUGUUGCUUUAAGUUACCGCAAGAAUCAGCAAAGGAGUUUUACAAGAUUGAUCCAAAAUGCGUAAGAUGUUUUGAAUCACCCAGUCCUUACGUUGAUAUUCGAAGAGCAACACGAGUUCUCCUAGAAGCUGGAGGGAUUCUACCGACGAACAUUCAGGAUGACUCCAUAACAGACCCAAAUCAAAACCUCACCCUUUGCACAUCAUGUUUUCCUGAAAAGUUCUAUUCUCAUGUUCGAGAUGGAGAAAACUUUGGAACCCAGAUUGGCUUCAUCUCUAUUAAAAACUGAGGGUACUGUGCAUCCUAAACAGUGGGAAUUAUUGACGAAGGCUGAU